AAAAUUGGGACAUGAAUUUAUUCUGGUGGAAUCAAGACGACUGUUUUACGAAAAUAAAUAGUGCGAAAUUUAUGGACUUGUAUUUGCAAAUGGAAAUUGAUGACUUAUUGCAUGUGGGUAUGCAGACACUGACAGUCAAAUAAUUAAGGUUUUGCUAAUUUGUUCUCGGAUUCUCUAAAACCCACGUGUCACACUCUGCAAUAUUGAUGCAUGCAUGAUGCAUCUCUCCAGACUAGAUAUUGAAUGAAUUAAUCAACAAAAUUCUUCAAUUUCAAUCCCUCCUCCAAGCUGGUGAAUUUGUUUCUGCGUAAAGCUUUCUUGGGAUUUUUUUGAAUUUAUUCGCAUAUCAAAAUUGUAUCUCCUUAUGCGUGUUAGAAGAAAAUCCUGAUAAUAGGGCAGUUCUGAGAGUAGAAAUUUGAGAUUUAUGAACAAGGUUUUGUGAUUCCGAUUGCUGUAUCGGAAAUUGGAAAUUGAAAAAAGAAACGAUAAAGAUUGUGAUUAUCGAGGAAACCCGAGCCUCCCAAAUAUUGAUCGAAUAGAAUUACAAAUUCUUAAAGAGAUUGUGCUUUGGUUUUGGGAAUUGAUCAAUGGAUGUGAAAACGCCAUUGUUGUCCGUUGAAGAACCGAAGCUGAACAGCGAAAAUAGUCGUAAAUUUGUUGAUCUUAGAUGCGAUUUCUUGUCUAAACUUCCUGAGAAAAUAAGGAGAGGACUUGAUCCUGAGGCUCCUUUUCGUUUUGAUUUCCCUACAACAACUGCUUUGGCAAAAGGUGAGAAAGAAUACUAUGAAAGACAAUUUGCCACCUUGAAGUCCUUCGAGGAAGUCGACUCGCUUGAUUCCCCUAACGUCAUUGAUGAGGAGAUAGAUCGUCAAGAGCAAGCGCAACAUGAAAGGGCAAUGAACAUUUCUAAUUGGGCGAACAUUUUCCUGCUUGCAUUUAAGAUUUAUGCUACGGUCCAAAGUGGCUCCUUGGCCAUUGCAGCAUCAACUCUAGAUUCAUUGCUUGAUCUUAUGGCCGGGGGAAUACUAUGGUUUACCCACUUGUCGAUGAAAAGCAUAAAUAUCUACAAGUAUCCUAUUGGAAAAUUAAGAGUGCAACCAGUAGGCAUUAUCAUCUUCGCUGCUGUCAUGGCAACCCUUGGUUUUCAGGUGCUUGUACAGGCUGUAGAACAACUUAUCAAAGCUGAACCUUCAGGAAAGAUGAGUUCAUAUCAAUUGAUCUGGUUGUAUGUCAUUAUGCUGACAGCCACUGGUGUGAAACUUGUUCUUUGGAUUUACUGCAGAAGCUCUGGAAACAAGAUUGUUCGAGCCUAUGCUAAGGACCAUUAUUUUGAUGUGGUGACAAAUGUGGUUGGUUUGAUUGCUGCUGUUUUGGGCGAUAAAUUCUACUGGUGGAUUGAUCCUUCUGGAGCUAUACUUCUUGCUUUCUAUACGAUUUCAAAUUGGUCAGGAACCGUGCUGGAAAAUGCAGUUUCUCUGGUGGGACAAUCAGCUCCUCCAGAAGUAUUACAGAAACUCACAUAUCUUGUCCUAAGGCACAGUCCUAAAAUAAAGCGGGUUGAUACAGUUCGCGCUUACACAUUCGGUGUUCUCUACUUUGUUGAGGUGGACAUAGAGCUUCCAGAGGAUUUGCCAUUGAUAAAAGCCCAUGCAAUUGGAGAAUCAUUGCAGAUAAAGAUUGAAGAGCUUGCUGAAGUUGAAAGGGCUUUUGUUCAUCUCGAUUAUGAGUGCGAUCACAAGCCAGAACACACUAUUCUCAAUAAACUCCCUAAUACGGACCCUUAGAUUCAAAUGUUGUGAUCAUAAAAAGAGCAGUUUGCUGUUAUUAUCGCUGGUAAUGCAUAUCGAGGAACUCUGAGAUUAUAUAACAAAUCAAGGAGAUUCCAGGACUGUAAUUUGUGUCUCAAAAAUGCUUGAUCUUUUCUUGCUUAGAUAAAUAGCUCUCAGCAUUUCCUUGAAUGCUCUAUGAAAGACAUCUAUGUUGAAGAAGUCAAAAUUUUGAUUAGUACUAUGUGGUUAUGGAGGUUAUUAUGGGCAGUGUUCUAUAUUCGACGGACAAUUUCACUUUAAAA